AUGGACGGCUACCUGGAGCCGUUCAAGGACGCGCUGAAGAGCCGCUUCUCAAAGGCACAGCAGUGGAUCAAGAAGAUCGACGAGACCGAAGGCGGUCUGGAGAAGUUCUCGCGAGGCUAUGAGAAGUACGGCUUCAACGUCCAGGCCAAUGGCGAUGUCGUAUACCGCGAGUGGGCCCCGAACGCCAUGCGGGCGUACCUCAUCGGCGACUUCAACAAUUGGGACCGCGAUGCGACGCCCAUGACCAAGAACGACUUUGGCGUCUUCGAGGUGACGAUACCUGGCAAGGACGGCCAGCCCACCAUCCCCCACGACUCAAAGAUCAAGGUCUCCUUCGUCGUCCCCAACGACCACGCCCGUCAAGAGCGCAUCCCGGCCUGGAUCACCCGCGUGACCCAGGAGCUCAGCGUGUCUCCCGUCUACGAUGCCCGCUUCUGGAACCCCCCGCAGAAGUAUGUCUGGAAAAACAAGCGGCCGGCGCAGCCCAAGAGCGCACGCAUCUACGAAGCCCACGUUGGCAUCUCGUCCCCCGAGCCAAAAGUAGCCACCUACAAAGAGUUCACGCACAACAUCCUCCCGCGCAUCAAGCAUCUGGGAUACAACACCAUACAGUUGAUGGCGGUCAUGGAGCACGCAUACUACGCCAGCUUCGGCUACCAGAUCAACAGCUUCUUCGCGGCAAGCAGUAGAUACGGCCUGCCAGACGAACUCAAGGAAUUGAUUGACACUGCGCAUGGCAUGGGAAUUACGGUCCUACUGGACAUGGUACACAGCCAUGCGUCGAAGAACGUGCUGGACGGCCUGAACAUGUUUGACAACAGCGACCAUCUCUACUUCCACGAGGGUGCGAAGGGCCGACACGAGCUGUGGGACAGCAGGCUGUUCAACUACGGCAGUCACGAGGUUCUGCGCUUCCUCCUUAGCAACUUGCGCUUCUGGAUGGAGGAGUACCAAUUCGACGGUUUCCGAUUUGACGGUGUCACGAGCAUGCUGUACACUCAUCACGGCAUUGGAACGGGCUUUUCUGGCGGGUACCACGAGUACUUUGGCCCAUCUGUUGACGAGGAGGCUGUUGUAUACCUCAUGAUAGCAAAUGAGCUGCUGCACACACUCUACCCCGGUGUUAUUACCAUCGCGGAAGAUGUGUCCGGCAUGCCUGGUCUCUGUGUGUCGCUCUCGCUAGGCGGAAUAGGAUUCGACUACCGAUUAGCCAUGGCAGUACCCGAUCUCUACAUCAAGUGGUUGAAGGAGAAGCAAGAUAUUGAUUGGGACAUGGGUGCUCUGGUCUUUACCUUGACCAACCGAAGGCAUGGCGAAAAGACCAUUGCGUACGCGGAGAGUCACGACCAGGCACUUGUCGGCGACAAGACCCUGCUUUUCUGGCUGUGCGAUGCUGAGAUGUACACCAAUAUGUCCGACCUCUCUGAGCUGACACCCGUUAUCAACCGCGGUCUCUCGCUACACAAGAUGAUCAGGCUCAUCACUCACGGUCUCGGAGGCGAAGGCUACCUCAACUUCGAAGGCAACGAGUUCGGUCACCCAGAAUGGCUCGACUUCCCUCGCGAAGGCAACGGCAACAGCUUCACCUACGCCCGCCGCCAAUUCAACCUCGUCGACGACCCGUUGCUGCGCUACCGCUACCUCAACGAGUUCGACAGCAAGAUGCAAUGGACCGAGGACAAGUACGGCUGGCUGCACUCGCCUCAAGCAUACGUUAGCCUGAAGCACGAGGGCGAUAAAGUCAUCGUCUUCGAGCGUGCCGGCCUCUUGUGGAUCUUCAACUUCCACCCUCAGAGCAGCUUCACGGACUACCGCGUCGGCGUUGAGCAGGAAGGCACGUACAGGAUCGUCCUCUGUACCGAUGCCAAGCAGUUUGGCGGACACGGCAAUGUGGAUGAGAGCACGAGGUUCUUCACUACGCCGUUUGCGUGGAAUGGGCGCAAGAACUUCUUGCAGGUCUAUGUGCCCAGUCGGACGGCGAUUGUCAUGGCGUUGGAGAGUACGUUGUAG